UGCCAGGCCAGGGAUGGAACCUGUGUCCUGGUGCUGCAGAGAUGCCACUGAUCCCAUUGUGCCACAGCAGGAACUCCUAUUUCUGCUUCUUAGACAACAAAGCAGAAACUUGGGAAAUUUAAGUGACUUUCCCUCCAGUCAUAAGGCUGAGAAGUGGGAGCCAUGUUCACUUUCGAGGCCAGGAGCUAUGGCUCCUGCCAUCCCUGAUGCUAUUUCCUGGGUGGUCUGGACUGUCCUGCAAUUGAUCUGCUCCUUUUUUUUGCAGAUGAUACAGCGGAAAGAUGGAGCCCAUAUUGAUUUUGCCUGUGCACAGCAAGGGAAAGACGGCCAUGUAUUUACCUGUAUCGCUGGACCACUGUCUAAAGGUGAUGAUGCCCAAGUGACUGACCCCGAUUCUGAGAUGGUGAAACUGAAUAUUACUAAAAGGGAGUCUGAGUGCCCGGAAGGCCAGCAUCGUGAGGGUCAAUUCUGCUGUCAGCCAUGCCCUCCUGGCAAACGGAAACAUGCUGACUGCACAAGCCCUGGUGGUGCACCACAGUGUGUGCCUUGCUCUGAAGGGGAGGAUUACACAGACAAGAACCAUCAUUCUUCUAAAUGUAGAAGAUGUAGAGUUUGUGAUGGAGAACACGGCCUAGAAGUGGAAAAAAACUGUACCCGGACCCAGAAUACCAAGUGCAGAUGUAAACCAAACUUUUUCUGUCACACUUCUCAAUGUGAACACUGUAACCCUUGCACCACGUGUGAACAUGGAGUCAUUGAGAAUUGCACACCAACCAGCAACACCAAAUGCAGAGAAGUGUUCCAAUCUGCAGGAUCCAGAUCUAACCUACACUGGUUAUGGGCCCUCCUGAUCCUCAUUCCCGUACCUGCACUGGUAUACAGGGAGGUGAAAAGACGGUGCAGAAGAAAAGAGAAUGGUUACCAGAAACCUAUCACCUCAAAUGUUGAAGAGGUGCCAAUGAUAAAAGACGUUGACUUGGGUAAAUAUAUCACCCGUAUUGCUGAACAGAUGAAAAUAACUGAAGUUAAAGAUUUCGUUCGGAAGAAUGGUAUCGAAGAAACCAAAAUAGACGAGAUCAUGCAUGACAAUCCCAAAGAUACAGCUGAACAGAAAGUCCAGCUGCUCCGUAAUUGGUAUCUCUACCAUGGGAAGAAAGACGCCUAUUGCACUUUGAUUCAAGGUCUCAGAAAAGCCAAACUUUCUGCUCUUGCAGAUAAAAUUAAUGAUAUCGUCCAGAAGGAUGUUACUAGUGAACAAGAAAAUGCAAACUCCCAGAAUGAGAAUGAAAGCUUGACCUAGAGUGAAAAACAACUAACUCAGUUCUGAGAACAUACUAAACAGAAAGAUUAAUGCUCGAAUUACGUUCUUAGCAGCUGCUGGCUGUAAACAUCGCUUGGUUUUUUUUACUGGAUGUGUUUUCUUUUUUUAUUAAUUAGAUUUGCAGGGAUAAUAUAUUUACAGGCUUUGAACAUCCCAUGAUUCUGACUCCUUCAAGGAUGCUUAAAAUCUAAUUGGGAAGACGGACACGGUUAAGAGUGAAUACGAUGACGUGUUCAGUGAGCAUCUAAGAGUAUAUGUGAAGGACAGAAGACUGAGAUCAUGCUCGAUAUCUCACAUAUGAUUCUGUGUGAAGGUAACUAAUGCAGUAAAUUCAAGUACCUAGCCCCUGGCUGACUGCAUUCAGUGAAUCAGUCCCUGCGACUUUUUUGCUGCAAUGUCACAAUCACUGCCUCUAAACAACCUCCCUAGCAUUGUUGGUGAAAGUUUGCAUAGACAUCUGAAUGCAGAGUUUAAUAAGGUUCUACCUCAAAGAUCUUUGCACAGAUUUCCCAGCAUUUUGUUGUGAAAUAUUUCAAUUUUGAAAUCACAUAGAAAAUGCAGACUCAGUUAUAAUGCUUGAAUGUUAGGUAUUUGUUUGACACUUUACUGGAUCAAGAUAAUCCACCUCUUAGGGAUCCAAACAUUUUGAUUGGGAAGAAUUACUAGAGCAUGGCGACGUCUCCGUUUUCUCCUUGAUGUGCACUUUGACAGCCUGUGCCCCGCCCCCAGAUCUGGAAAGACUGCCUAAGAAGCUGCUCUUAGAAACAGCUAGCUUGGUUUGGAAAGCCUAACAGCCUGCUCUUAAUUAGUCUUAGAGAGUCCUAGAUAGCUUUGUGGCAAAUUGUAAAUCCAGGUCUACCACCCAAGCUGAUGAGACAGAUUCUUAUUUGGCCCCGUGCCCCCCAAAAGAUGUUCAGUAACUCCCAGUGUUUUCUUGUUGCAGAGGCAGCUUAUACACAGCAAAAGUGAAACCUGUCAGGUUUUAGGAAUUGCUCUUGUUAUUUCCUGCAGCUUCUUAGACAGACAAGCCCCUCUCCCCACUAUCACUUCUAUACUUUAACGUUUGAACACUUUUGAAAGUUUGUAUUAAAAUGUGACUUUUUUUUUUUUUUUUUUUUUUUUUUGCUUUAUAGGGCUGCGCCCACAGCAUAUGGAAGUUCCCAAGCAAGGGAUUGAAUUGGAGCUACAGCUGUCAGCCUACACCACAGCCACAGCAAUGCGAGAUCCGAGCCGUGUCUUCGACCUACACCACAGCUCAAGGCAACACUGGAUCCCCAACCCACAGAGUGAGGCCAGGAAUCAAACCUGAAUCCUCAUGGAUACUAGUCGGAUUUGUUUCUGCUGCUCCACAAUGGGAAAUUCCAAAUGUGAAUUCUUAAUAAAUGCUAUUUAUAUGUAUAUAGCUGUAAAGUGAAGAUUGUUAUAAGCCAAAGCAAAUCUCAGAACUUAGCUAAAGAGCUACCAUUGGUGGAAGGUGGUUCCCCCUUAUGUGUGGAAAUUUGAAAUAGGUAAAAGUAUUUAAUUAAAACCGUAUUGUUUUGGA